AUGGACUUGGCUAUAUCGGGCUGCAAUGGUUCGCUGCACUGCUACGACUACAUUAUUCCGUACCAAGAGAAAUCUGCUUCGUUUGACUUCACAUCCGGUGCGACGUUCUCGGAACUCCAUAUUGGGCGGAAUGUAAGGCCUGAAGAAGUUAGAGUGAUUUCUGAGCUGCCGCAAGAGGCCUUGAUGGUUGAAGAGUUUGCAAGGCUUGUUAAGGGCAUUAUGAAAUUUGGACACCGUCCAGACAGUAAAUGGCCCGAGAUUAGUCGAAAUACGCAGGUAAUAUUGGAUGCAGUGAAGAAAUCCAUUGAUCUUGGUUGUAAACCUGUUAAGUUGUAA